GGAAUUAACGGAAACAUCACAAAACAUACAGAGUCGAAAUUGGAGAGAGAGAGAGAGAGAGCUCCAGACUUCCCCCGGAGAUGGCGACGAACGAUCGUGGCAGAGAAGAGAGGAGGAGAAGGAUCAUGGAGAGUGGCUCGGAUCGAAUAGCUCUCAUCACCGGUCGACAUGUCCAUAACCUUCCGUCAUCGCCACCGCGGUCGAUCGAUUCAAUCGCCGGCGAUUCAUCUCUUUCAUCGUCCUCUCACGAUCACAGCCAAAUUCCACACGCUCCUGAUCCAAUCAAAGAUACACCAGUGGACAACGAGACUUCUGAAAGAGACGCCACGAGAAUUGGAGGGCAGCUCGGGGCUGAUAUUCUCCGACACGAGACUGGUAAAGGUGAGGUACAGCCUCUUGCUUCACGCGAUAGAACCGACUCGGUAGCUUUGGCACAGCCACGUGACAGGCCUAACCUCUUCAGCUCGAGACAACUUAAUUCGUGCAUCCUAGAGUCAGAGAGGACUCGUGCCUUCUGCGCUCUUGUCAUAGCGGUUCUUGUUGUUCUGUCUUACGUGGGAUAUCCGCUGUUCGGGAGCCACAUAGUGAAGUCGGGCAGCAUCAUAGCCUCGAGGCCUCUUUACAUACUCUUGCUGACGGAUGUAACCAUCGUGCUAGCUCGGCUUCGAAAUGCACAGAAGAGCUUGGGGGAGCCCGUGGAAGAAAAGAAGGCACCUAAGGAAGAGAAUCAGAAUUGGGACGGAGCGGUUAAGGUUUUAGAGAGAGGCCUGGUGGCUUACCAGUCCAUUCGGGCAGUCUUCAUAGAUUGCAGCAUCUAUAUGGUGGUUGUCAUCUGCGGCCUCUCCCAAGUGUAGCUCUUUCCAUGGAAUCCGAGAUCAGGGUUUCUUAAUUUCUUCAAAAGCAUUUGAUAGUCUUGCCUAGAAAAUUACUCGUCUCAUAAUGUUUUGAACUUGUCCAAAUUUAUCUUGCGCGUGUAAAUUCCCUGUCUUUUUGCUAAGUAACAUUUGUUGCUUCGGAUUAUCUCCAUCCAAUUUAACAUGUUAGUGUGAGCUCAUCCAUGUACUUCAUGUUCUUUCGAUUAGGAAUCCAUUGUCAGUAAAAUUCUGUAUUUCAUGUUCUGGUUGGAUCUCGGAGUUCCUGUCACUGACAUGAUGAAGGCAUAUUUAGCUAUAUGGUCUUGUAUAUUGUACAAAGCCUGUGGCAGCAAUAAUAACCGACAAAAGUAUACAAUCGGACCUUUUCCUUU